CCCCGAUCCCGCCCUUGCCGUUUGCGUUUGGCCUCGCCCCCUCCCUCUUCCACCCCCCUCUCCUUCUCUCGGCCCCCUCCCCCUUUGCCUCCUGCCAGGGCGUCACUCUCCUCGUCGCAGCUCCUUGUCCACUCCCGCCGUCUUUCGCCUCGCAUCUCCUCCCUCGCUCUCUCGGCAUCCCCCGCCGCAGCCGCAGCCGCCGCAGCCGCCGCCGUCGCUGCCGCACGCCGCCCCGAUGGGUCACAUUUUCUCCUUCCUCCGGGGCCGCAAUGCCGCACCAACCAAGCGCCCUGGCGGGCAUGGGCUCCGGCCCGGGACCAUGCUCCAGGUGGGCGGCUUCGCGCCCGGGUCCGCCAAGCACACCGGCCUCUGUGUGGAGUUCUACCCGACGUACAUCCCGGCGCCCGAGCUGGCCCUGCUGGCUGGGGCCCUGUCUCCGCCGGUCCCCGGGGCCCUGCCUUCCGGUCAUGCAUCUAGCCUGAGCACCGGCUCGGUCGGGGCCUCCACGCGGCGGCCGUCUGUCGGCGGCACCGGGCCGCAUGGGCAGCGCCGCCGCCGGCUCACCGUGCGCGCGCGCAUUGGCUCCGGCGCCAGCGGCACCGUCUACCAUGUCAUCGAGCCGCUGUCCAGCCUCGGGGCCGUCAGCGCCACCGGCGCCGGCGGCUCGAUCCACACCCCCACCAGCCCUUCGGUGGCCAAUUACCCGACGCUCGGGGCGGCCGGCCCUCCCGGCGGGGGGGCCCUGUCGCCGUCCUACACCCCGGCCGCGCAGGCCGUCACCCCGGUCACCACCGAGUGGGCUCUCAAGCAGGUGGUCAUCCCGGAUGCCGAGGGUCUGCUGACCUUCCUCCAGGAGGUGGUGUCACACUCGCUCGUUUCCUCGCCGUUCGUUCUGCCACUUGAGGAGGCCAGCAUCGACUUCUCGGAGCAGCCACCGCCCGGGCCCGGUCCAGAUGACGACCUGCCAGGCAGCCAGUCACACACUCGGCCUACCUCGCCCGAGGGUGGCCAUGUAUCCCACACGGCCGGCCUCGUGCCCCAGCCGGAUGUCUCUGAGAUCAUUUCUAAAUUCCUCCCCGGGAUCUCCUUCCCCGCCAGCGGGCACCUCCUGCUGCCACUUGGCACCAAGGGCACGCUGGCCUCCCUGGUGGCGGUGACCUUCUCGGCCUAUGCGUCAGCCACCAUGGCUUCCGGGGCCAUGGUCGGCGAUGGAUCGGCUCACGCCACGCUCUAUGGCCUGAGGCGGACCCUGCGCCGGGCCAAUCGCGGGACAUUGCGCUCGGGCACCGGCAGCCGCCUAACCACGACCCUGUGGUCGGCUCGUGUGCUGCGGAUUUUGUCCGGCGCCGCGCGCGGGCUCCUGGCCCUGCACCAAUCUGGCCACGCCUUCCGCGACCUGAAGCCCGCCAACAUCCUCCUCCUGCCGGUGGCCCGGGCGGCUCUGGCCCCGGCGAACGCCGCCACUGUCGGCAGCCCGGAUGGCGGAGCCGCCGCGGCCAGCGCGCCGGUCACGCCCGGCCGGCCGCCGGCCCUGCAAAUCAACACCACGAACUUGGGCUCGCCCACCGGGCUCCCGGCGUCCGGGGAUGUGGUGCUCACCGGUGUCCUGAUGGAUCUCGGCUCGGUGGAGCCCCUGCGCGGGGAUCUGUACACCACGCAAACGGCCGCCGCACGGAGGGCGAUCGCCGAACGGGCGGCCGUCCGGGUCACGGCCCCCUUCCGCGCGCCGGAGCUCUUCGACCCGGCCAUGCUGUCCCUCCUGCUGGCCGGGGAUGUCGAUGCCUCGGGGGCCAUUCAGCCGGCGGUGGUGGCCGGGUGGGGCAUGGACCCGGUGCUCGGCCGCCAUGCCCCGGGGCUGUCCCCCGGCGAAGCUUCCAUCCCGGGGCCCGGGUCCGGUGUGAGCAUCGACCAGGUGGUCGGGGAUGAUCUGGCCGCGCGCCUGUCAGCCGCGCUCGAUGCCCGGACCGACACCUUCGCCCUGGGGUGCACGCUGUAUGCGGCCCUGGCGGGAGGGGCUCCGGGCGCGGCCGGGGCCAGCCUGGCGGCGGCCGCGGCGGCCAGCGGCGGAACCAGCGAUGGCGACCUGGCCGCGGCGCAGCUGGCCUACGGCCAGGCCUUCGAUGGAACGGCCUCCGGGGCGAUGGCCCGACGGGCGCCCCUGCCGGACCCGAGCACCGACCAUGCAUGGCUGUCCUUCUGGUCGGCCAAUGCCGCGGCCGGCGGCGGCGGCGGCGGCGGCGGCGGCGGCGGCAUGCCCCGGGCCGGGUCCACCCCGACGCUUGGUCGCCCGCGCAAGCCCACCGCCCUGGCGACGGCCGAUGCUCCCGGGUCUCCGGGCCCGGCCGCCGGCGGGGGAGCUGCCCUGCUGACUGCAGAUGCUCGGUCCGAGGGGCCAGCCGCCGGCCCUGCGCCCGGGGUGUAUCCCGAUGUGGUGGUCCAGCUGCUGGACUGGCUGCUGGAUACGGACCCCCGUGCGCGGCCGUCCAUGGCGGCCGUUGUCCGCCGCAUUGACGAGGUCCUCCUGGAGCUGGAGCCGCUGCUGGAGCCCGGAUGGGAUCGCCUGUGAGUCUGGGGGUGGGGGUGGGGGGGUGGCGGGGUGGCGGGGUGGCCGGACACACGUGCCUCCAGGCCGGGCCGGGGGAAGUUGGUGGCGAUUCCUCCCAUCGCCUCAUUCUCUCCCCUCGCCUGGCUCCCGUCGCCCCGCCGCGCGCACGUCCAGACACCCCUGUACACACCACGCCCAUCCACCCCCCGUCGUCCUUUUCUUUUUGGAUGGCGUUCCGGCCCCUCUUCUCACUUGUGUGCCAUUCUCCCCGUGCCGCACCUUGUCCUUGUAUCAAAUGAAAUCCCUUGUCAAAGUACUCUUAGGGGGACCCUCC